AUGGCCAAGAAGUUGGGAGGCUCCGAGGUCACGUCCAAGGAAAAGUACAUCAUCGAACUCCGCGAGCAGCUGGCCGAUCAGGACCGUCGUCACAAGGACCUUGUCACGCAGCUGCAUGCGGAAGCCUGCCCCAGUCCGGAAUCUGAGGUGGUUCCUUCUCUGCGCCUUCGUGACCUGGUCGACGGGAAGGAUGCCAUCAACUUCGACUACGGCGACAUUUUCGCUGACGUUGAGGAGUUCGAGCUGUCCACCGAGGACCGCGAAGCCCUCGGCGCCCGCAAGAAAGAGCUCGAGGACGGGCUCAAGGCACUCGCGAAGAAUCUCUUCGGGGAGGCCAUCAGCAAGCUCGACGCCAUCAAGAAGGCCCAUCUUGAGCACGUGGGCAGCCUCCAGAAAAAGCGCAAGGUGGGCGAGGCAGCGGAGGUUGCCGGCGAUGGCCACGUAGUUUCGGACUCCCGGGCUGUUCAAGGAUACGUGCAUGUCCCUGGAGGUGACACCGUGCUGAUGAGCAGCGUUUACUUGUACGAUUCCGAAGAUUUGAGCGAGCGCAACUUGCAGUUGCUGGCCAGCGUUGGCAGCAGCAUCGGGCUUACCCAGUGCCCGUACUUGAUAGGAGGGGACUUCAAUAUGGAACCCACGGUUUUGAAGGAUAGUAUGUUCGCCACCCACCUCACCGCCAACAUCGUGUCCCCAGACGUUCCUGGAACCUGUGUUAGCAGCGGGGGAGGUUUGCGAGUUUUGGACUAUCUCGCGGUUUCUGCAGGCCUCAGCAAGGCCAUCUCUAGCAUCGACAUUGCCCACAACUCGGACAUCAAGACACACUGCCCCGUCACCUUGAGGUUCCAUCCUCACUUGUCGGACCUCUACGCACUUACUUUCGCCAAGAUUCCGAAGAUAGACGUCGACGCGCCGAUCGGUCCUCAGUCAGCGCCGCCUGAUGCGUCCGAAGCUCUCGACUGUGCUCAAUAUGGCUUUCAGCUCGUUCGCGAUCGAGCUCGUCGCAGUGAUAUGCAGCGCCAUUUGGAUACUCUCUACCACCUUUGGGCAGACUUGGCAGAGGUGGAGCUUGCAGCCAGUCGGCACCAAGAGUUUCGAGGCCAGGGGCUUCGCGGCAAGCCUCCCCGGCUGAUCUGGACGCAGGUCUUUGGGCGAGAGAGCGCGGCUUGGCAGAUUCGGCAGCCUGGCCUCUAUGCGUUCAGAUGGCUGGAGAGGUCAUUUCGCGCUGUGCUGGCUGCUGCUGCGCAGGACUAUCCCGGCAGCGGCAUCGCUUCAUUCGUCGGGGCGUUGCGGCAGCCACCGGCCCCCGUCAGGGACCAUUUGCACGAGUUCCAGGACAUCGUUGAUAUGGUUCAGACUUUCUUAGAACGUUUUCCUGGAAAUGAUUUGGAUUUGGAUGCUGGAGCGGUUAUUCUUGAGCGUUUGGAGGUCGGGCUCACGGAGUACGCGAUCAAGUCCAGGGAGGAAUCCAGGAAGUCUUGGAGAGCAUGGCUGCUCGACGGCGUCGAUCGUGGAGGCCGCCGCGCACAUAAUUGGACCAAGGAGCAGAAGCCGUGGCGGCCUACCACGACGCUUUCAGCCCAUGGUCAAGUUGUUUCAGAUCCUUGCUCACUUUUGGCAUCUGAGGCUGCCAAGUUCGCUGGGUCGUGGGAGAUCAAGGGCACUCGGGGGCCCGAAGGCCCAGUGGAGUAUCUGGAGCUCCUGGAGCCCAUCACCCCCGACAGGCUCCGCGAGGUGUCCAGGUCGCACAGCAAGUUCUCAGCGACCAGCUUAGAUGGAUUCCACUGCCGUCAUUUCGACUCGCUGUCCGAGCCCUUGCUGCUGGUGCUCUCCUCCCUGCUCGCGCUGAUGGAGUGCUCUUCUAUCUUGUCCAGGCAGAUUCAGAUCGCGCUCUUUUUCUGCUUGGACAUCAAGGAUGCAGCGGCCCAGCUAGGCGACAUCAUCCGCAACGAGUUGCAUAGUUCAAUUUCAGAGGACAAGGCUGCCGUCAUCAGCUGGUCCACCAAGGUGGGGGACCAUGUGCGCUCAUUCUUCGGCGGCUUCGGAGGGACCUCCAAUUUUGCCGUCAACCUCGGCGUGGACGACACCGCCGGCAGAUCAGCAGGGGCCAAGCUAGGAUUCCAGGACAGGGCGUGCUUCGACGUUGUCGGCUCGGUGCUGCGCAGCAAGAAGUACAGACCAGUAAAGGACGGUGGCAUCCAGGUUACACGGGCUGACGACCCGGACUCGACCAGUACUGAGAUCCAGGGCCAUGCCGUCACCGCGGUGCAGCAGCAGGCGUCGUCCGACCGGGCAGAGGCCGAGGCCAUGCGCGCCUCGAUGCGCGACCUGCGCGCGGAGGCCGAGUGCUUCUCCGCCGCGGGGGCCGCGAAGAUGGCGGUGCUGGAGGCCACCGUGGCCGAGCUGCACGGGGCGCUGCAGGCCGAGCGCGAGCAGCGCGGCGACGAGCUGCGCCAGGCCGAGGAGCGCCACCGCGCGGAGCUGGCCGCCGUGCGCGCAGCGCACGAGGGCGCGCUGGGCGCCCUGCGACGCGAGGGCGACGCUGGCCACGUCGACAGGAUGCUCGCCUCGCUGCAGUCCGACGUGGCUCGGCUGCAGGCGGCGGCCGACGACCGGCUGGAGGAGCCCCUGCAGCGCCUGUGCCAGCUGUCGGAGGGCCUGGAGCAGACGCGCGGCUCGGUCGACGCGGCGCACCAGCGCAUCUCGGAGCUCGAGCUCGGGCAGGCGCAGGCGCGCGAGCGCAUCUCGUGCCUGGACGACACGCAGGCGCAGGCGCUGGCGGCGCAGGGGAGUCUCCGAGAGGCGUUCGCCGAUGGGACCCGGCAGAGCUGGGGCGACACCCAGCAGACCCAGGAGGCGCUCCGGGAGCUGCGGGCGGAGGUGAACCGCUUGGCCGAGGCCGCGCGGGAGCAAGAGGAGGCUGGCGCCGUCGGAGAGUCCAACGGGGGCGCGGGCGUCGGCAGCGGCGUGCUCAUCGGCAGCUUGCAGCGCCUGGUCCAGGACCAGCGCCGCGAGUUGUCCGUGCUCUCCAGCGACCUGGGGAGGCUGCGGGAGCUCCACGAGAGCGAGGCCGAUCGCAGCCGACAGGCGCUCGGCGCCAUGCGGACCUUCCUGGAGGAGGCCUGCGAGGAGAAGCUCCGCCGCGCGGGGGAGCUGGAAGACGCGGCCAGCACGAAGGCCGCCUCCCGCCAACACCAGUGGCUCGCAGUGUGCGAGCGCGUGGCCGAGAUCGAGUCCAGGCUGGGAGCGCCCGCGGCGCAGCCGCAGCAGGAGGCGCUGCCGACGCUGCUGACCAACGCCGCUCGCGCCUCAGCCACAGCCGCGGAGGGCGCGAAGCCGGGCGCCAACGACGCGGAGGCGGGCGCCGUGCCCGUCGGCCUCAAGGACAGCCUGCACGGCGUGGUGGCGGCCGUACAGAAGGUCUUGCAGGACAGCGGCGCUCCGAGUGGGCCCGCGGCGGCGUCCGGCCCGCCAGGCGUCCCGGCGUCCCCCCGGCCCGUCCAGCGGCUGGCGCGCCCCCUGUCCGCGGCGCCAGCGCCGGCCUGGCGCGCACAGACCCAGCAGAGGCUGGUGGCCCCCGCCGUCGCCAAGCCGCUGGUGCAGGCCUCUCCCGGCCCGGUGCUGGCGAUCGGGCAGCGCAGUCACGGAGGCUCGGCGGCGGCUCGCGCAGGCUCGAUACAGAUUGCUCCGGGGACACCGCUGCUGGUCCGCCGUUGA